CGGAAUCUUUAACCUUCACCUAACAAUUCUUCGUAUCUUAUACACCAUAUAAUAGCCCACCUUAGGACACUUUUUUUUUCCUCUCCCUUAUGUAAAAGAAAUAAUCCAGACUCCAAAUUACCCACUAAUUUUUCCUAGCAGUCGAUGGGUUUAAAAGGACCCUCAACUAAGCCUAUCUUCCCCUCUCCGGACUUGGCUGUCUUAACUUCACAUAAGAGAAGCUGAAGGGAAAGAGGACGUACAGGUGACUGAGAGCUUGUAGGUUAGGAACGGAGAGGUCCUGGGUUCCAAAUCUCUGAUCUUUCCUUUGAUUCACUUCAUGGAAACCCAGUCACAAUCCAGGAGGUCCUCCAGGUUCGGAAGGGUGUGCGUCUUCUGUGGCAGUAGCCGUGGAAAGAAGCUGAGCUAUCAGCUUGCUGCCAUCCAGCUGGGCCAUGAACUGGUGGAGAGGAACAUAGACUUGGUUUAUGGUGGAGGGAGUGUUGGUCUCAUGGGUCUCGUCUCCCAAGCCGUUUAUGAUGGUGGCCGCCAUGUCCUGGGGGUGAUUCCCAAAACUCUCAUGCCUAGAGAGAUAACAGGAGAGACUGUAGGAGAAGUGAGAGCAGUCUCCGGCAUGCACCAAAGAAAGGCCGAGAUGGCUCGCCAGGCCGACGCAUUCAUCGCCCUCCCCGGUGGGUACGGAACCCUGGAAGAACUCCUUGAAGUGAUAACCUGGGCUCAGCUGGGAAUCCAUGACAAGCCGGUAGGUUUGUUGAACGUUGAUGGCUACUACAAUUAUCUGCUGUCGUUCAUCGACAAAGCUGUAGAUGAAGGAUUUAUUACACCUGCUGCCCGCCAUAUCAUCAUCUCUGCCCAAACUGCCCAUGAGUUGCUGUGCAAGCUCGAGGAGUAUGUGCCGAUGCACGACGGCGUCGCACCCCAGCUGAGUUGGGAGAUGGAGCAGUUGGGCCACUCGCCGAGGUCAGAGAUCGCCCGUUGACCAAACCGCGUGCAUAUUGACUAAUUAAGGAGCUUAGCACUUGUAAUAUUUUUAUAUAUUUUUUAGUUUUUCCGGUCUUACUCUAAUCUAAAUGUCCAGCUGGCAGUUGGUCUUUGUUUCACUUUUCUUUUUUAUUCUCUUAACUUAAUUCCGUGGAAGUGGGUCCCACCGUGACUUGUCCACUUCACUUUUCUUUUUCUCGGGUUUUGACUUUUUUGACUACAACGUUACAAAAACUCACAUGUAGAUCCUUACGUGGAACAACAGUACUUUUGUCUC